UACUUUGCAUAAACCUAAUUGUUCAGCACAAUGUCAUUUGCUCGUAUUAAUCAUAUUUGUAAUUUGGAUUGCCUGGGUUAGUACAAUUUGCAUGUGUCAUUGUCUUUAAAAAAGUGCAUCUGUAUGAGUUUUACUUGCAAAUGACGUUAUGUGCAAGGCUAUGAUGGUGGGAUCAUGACAAAGGCCCUGUGACGGGGACCUCACUCAUUGGGCCCAAGAGAUGUGUUGCACACCCAUAAAACUAAAUCAAUGAUUAUCAACAGUCCUUUCUAGGGCAAUAAUCUAACUUUUUUUGUUUCUUUUUUCAGUUUUUAUGAAUCAGAUGUCACUUCAUAAUAUCAUAAUAACAUCUGCACAGGUUUUAACAACCCCAGAACCUGUUAGCAUUGAAGUAGCUACAACGUCUGAGGACCAAAACACAACCCCAGAACCUGUUAGCAUUGAAGUAGCUACAACACCUGAGGUCCAAAACACAACCUCAGAUCCUGUUAGCAUUGAAGUAGCAACAACGCCUGAGGUCCAAAACACAACAUCAGGACCUGUUAGCGUCAUAGCUACUACAAUUGGGGCCCAAAGCACAGCCUCAGGUCUUGUUAGCAGCAUAAUAGCUACUUCGUCUGAGGUCCAAAGCACAACCUUAGAACCCGUUAGCACCGUAGUAGUUCCAUCCGUAGUUCCAUCCAUCGUCCCCACCUUGAACCCCACCCUGGCGUUAUCCGUUCCUCAACCCACCUUGCAGUGUCUGAGAGGGGUUCUCACAGACAGUGGGGUCUGCCUCUGCCCUGAUGAAUGGACCGGAGACAUCUGUAACAUAAGUAUUUUCUGUCCAGAGGAAACACUAAAUGGUUUCACAUUUCCACUUACUGUGCUUGGUCAGCAAACUAUUUCAACACAGCUACAGCUAUGCCCUCAAGGAACAUUCAAUGCAAGUGUACCAAAGGCGACAGCUACAUGCCUGAAUUCCACACACUCAUUUGGUGAACUGAAAUUAAUAAAUUGUUCCUUGACGUUGGAAAACCUUCAAGGCAUAGUCAAUGCGAACGACACAUCAAUGAAUGAGAACUGGUUCAUUGCUUCCAGUGUCCAGAUGCUCACAUCCAAACCAGAGCAACUGACCGCUGAAAAUAUCACAUCAGCUGCUAAGAUUGUCUCCAACCUGCUGACCUCCGGUGUGUUGAACAAGACGAUUGCAUUGGCAGCGGUGGCCACCAUUAGUCAGCUGAUGGAUGCUGCUCGAAGCCAAUACUCUGAAGACUCAUACGCAGCUGUUGAGAAUCUUACUGUGACUUUGGAGGAAUUUGCUUUGCGCAUGAGUAUGAAUGAUACAAUGUCUGGUGAACUGGUGCAGCCAAACCUGGCAAUAAAUUUUAUUAAAGUGCCGAUGGGGACACCACAAAUAGAAUACUACUCACUGACAGGACCUUCAGAGUCCUUUAGCCCCGACAAAAUAGGUCUGGGCGCAGAGGCAUUAACUGCAUCCUCUUCAGGACAUCCUGCUGAGAUCCAUUUAACUCUCAACCUGCAACAAGAUGUUCAGAAAAACUUGGAGAACCAAAAUGUAGGUAUCGGAGUGGUGCUGUAUGAAAAUGAUAACUUUUUCAAGGCGAAAAGCUUUACCACGCAUAUAGGCACCAAGAGAAGGGUGGUCUCCGCCAGCCUCACGGACCAAAAAAUGCUUGAUCAUGUAAAAUUCAUGAUCACGUCCAAGAACAUAUCUGGCUUAAUGCCCCACAGCUCUGCGUGUGUGUUUUGGGACUACAGUAAUAAAGACUGGCGCACUGAGGGUUGCUACAAAAUACUCGCUCCCUCUGGAGGUGUGGAGUGUAAAUGCAACCACACCACCAACUUUGCAGUACUAAUGAGCUAUGAAACAGAUUACCAGUAUUCUGAGGCACUAAACUGGAUUAGCAUUCUUGGAUGCAGUCUGUCUCUUGUGGGAUUGAUCCUCACUGUAUUUUAUCAGAUUAUAACCAGGAAAACAAGAGGAACCAACUCCACUGUGCUCUUAGUAAACAUUUGCGUGUGCAUGACCGUCUUCUACCUGCUCUUCGUUUUUGGAAUCAACAACCCCGUCCAGAGCACGAGCAACUCAAAGUCAUUGAAGAAUAUUGUUCCUGCUUCAGACUGGUAUCAGGAGGUGGACCAGGGUCCCUGUACACCAAUCACGGCCCUGAUCCAAUACUUUCUGCUCGCCACGUUUAUCUGGACCAUCAUGUAUGCAGCGCACGUGCUCCUCCUAAUUAGAAAUGCCCUAAACGGUCCACCCCGAGGUUUCCGUUCAUUUGCCAUGACAAUCGGCUGGGGUCUGCCUGCGAUAAUUGUUGUCAUCUCACUAAGCACCACCUACAGCUAUGUAGACCCUUUAGGCUAUCGACAAAAGCAAUUUUGUUGGCUGUCUUCUCUGGAUAAGGAUGGGAAGUUUGAUCCAAAGAGGCCCAUGUUGUGGGGGUUCUUGCUCCCUCUGGCGGUCAUGCUUGUUUUUAACACAGCAGUUUUGGUCUACUUCUGUGUCACCAUCUGCUGUGGAAAUCCAAACCUGAAGAGCUCACGAACGACUCCUAUAAAGAAGAAGAUCCUCAGUAGCUUCUCUCUGGCCGUUGUACUUGGUUUGUCUUGGGUCAUUGGCUACUUUGUGCUCAUCACACAUGAUAAAACGCUUUACAUCAUUCUAAGUGCAGUCUUCUGUAUUUGCAACGCAACACAGGGCAUUCAGAUUUUCAUUUUUUUCACACUGAAGCCUUUUUUGAAGAAGAGAGUUCAUUAUAAAAUGGAUUCUUUAUCAAGGACGGAGGCUUAAAACAUUGCAAGUUUUGGACAACAUACAUCCAUGAAACACUUGGUAUUUCCCUUUAAUCGUAAAGGAUUUGUCUGGAUCGUAACGCAAAGAACUCUACUUUCAUUUUUUUGGACAAAUAAACCGAAGCUAUUUUUAAAAUUGAAUAUGAAUAUGUCUUUUGUGUGUUCAGACUUAAUAGAAAUCUUUUAAGCAAAAUUGGAUUUGCUAUACGAAAGUAAAUGUCUUUCUUUUUAUAAAAAAACAACCAUUGUACAAAUAAUGUGCAUAUUCCUUCCCAUGCUAUUAGGUGAAGUUAAAUUAAUCUGACAUGGCAAUACAACAACACUUGUCAAAAUUAUAACAAAUAGCAUAUUCUUUCCACUAAUCCCCAGCUGGUUUGGUUAUAAUGGUUUAUUUAUCUAGUUAUUUUAGUUUAAUAUAUUAUAUUUAUUAUAUCCAUUUAUUAUAUUAUGUGUUUGCUUGUGUACGUCUAUUGUGAAUAUGCUGCAAACUCAAGUAGUAAAUAAAUACUAUAAGUAAAUAAUAAACUAAAACUUUACGCCCACUGCUAUGACUGGCUAACAGUUUUGCAUAUUAAAAUGCUGUUGUGAUGUACUUUGUGUGUACAUUUUUGUGACAUCAUGUACAAAAUAUGUUUGUAUGGUUUCGUCAUUUCAUUGUCUGGAAACCAUU